CGCCUCCCUCCCCCUGCUCCUCGCCGUGCCGCGAGUCCCGACCGUCGUGAUGCAACGGUCGGACGCGGAGCGGCGCGAUCAGCUGCGCCAGCUGUUUGGCGAAAAGGCGGCCGACGAUCUUGUGCCACUCACCUCACGAGAGCGGGCAGAGGCAGACGCGCAGGAGGUGCAGAUGCUGCAGGACGGACCCCAGGAGCUUGAAUGGGGCGCAGUAAGACUUGUGGAUGUCGACAUGGCGGACGGUCCGCUCGAGCUCGCGCUGCAGCCGCUGCUGGCCGGGCCCUCGCAGCUGCUGUGCUUGCGGCUCGACAUGCCACUCGGCAUGGCGCUCGAGGAGAGCGGCGACGGCGGCGACGGCGGCGACGAAGACGCACCACAAGCCAGGCAGAUCGUGGUGACUGAACUGUUGGACAGUGGCAGCGCCAGAGGAGGCGGAGUCGAGGCGGCGGCUUGCCCGCGCACCGUUCACGUACUGUACCGGCGCACCUCCUGCGACACCGCUCCCCCAUCGCCGGCCGUGCGCAGGUGGGAGACCUCGUGCGCGCAACCACCUACGUCACGAUGGGGAUGUCGUACCCGGCGUGGCAGCUCAUGCUGGGCGGCGUGGGCAAGCCCACGCUCUUAAAGAGCGUGCUGGCGGCGGAGAAGGCGUCCUUCGAGACGGUGCUCGCCGCGAUUGGCUCAAACGGCCAGGAGGCGCAGGGCAAUGGGCAGGUGGUGCUGUUCGUUGAGCGAGGGGGGUGACUAUGCGGUCUUUUUCUUUUUUGAGCCCGCCGAGUGACUGG